UUGUGCUCAGUGAGGCUGCACGGCUCCAGUUUCCUGCUGCAGAUCUACUCGACUCAGACUAAAGCCUGGAGGAGCGUUUGUUCUCACGGCUGGACCGACCAGCAGGGGAGAGCAAGCUGCCAGAGCAUUGGCUACAGCAGGGCCACAUAUUUUAAAUCAGGCCAACAGACGACCAGCUCAAAUGGUGGAUUCUUAAGAGUAAAGUCUGAUUUAAUUCCUGAAGCAUUCAUAUCUCAGCAGCUUGUCUUGAGCAACACGUGUCCUAACAACAGUGUGGUGACGUUACAUUGUACUGAUUGUGGGAGCGGCAUAAACUCCAGCAGAGCCUCUCGGAGCAGUUUGGCCUCUGUGGGUUCCUGGCCGUGGCAGGUCAGCCUCCAGGUUUCAGGCGUUCACCGCUGUGGAGGAGCCAUCAUCUCCCCCUACUGGAUAGUCACUGCAGCACAUUGUGUGAUGAGAACCUCCAGUCCUGCAGACUGGUCUGUAUAUGCUGGGAUAAUGGAUCGAUUGAACACCCUGUUCAACCCGGCUUACUCUGUCAGUCACGUUAUUAUGCACGAAGACUUCAACAUCCUGACUCGCGAGAACGACGUCGCUCUUAUGAGGCUCUCCAGACCUCUGGACAUCACAGCCUCCAGUAAUAUCGGACCUGUUUGCCUCCCAAAUGUUGGUCUAAAUGUCACAGUUCCUCAGAGCUACUGGAUAACACGAUUUGAUCGCAGCAGAAAUGGAGACUCUGGCUCUGUGCAGCUGAUGGAGGCUCAGGUCUCUGUUGUAGAUACCACAGAAUGCAACAGCUCCAUCGCCUACAACGGCAAGAUAUCACAGGACAUGUUCUGUGCCAGAGAGACGGAGGCAGGAGCCAGAAUAUGCCAUGCUGACACCGGCGGUCCUCUGGUGACCCUGACAGAUGGACUAUGGUGGCUUAUAGGUGACAGUAUUUGGGGGGAACACUGCACUGGGCAGAAAAAACCAGGUGUUUAUGGCAACGUCACAUCCUACCUCGACUGGAUCCACCGUCACAUGAAGAAGCAUCAAGAUGACUGAUUAAAGGACCAAAAAUGAUCAGUCUGAGAUGUAGGAGUUAUGCACAUACCUUAUGUCAUUGUCCCAGUGUUAUAAUAAUGGAUAUCUGUAUUGCGGACAGAUAGAUAGUAUACUUUACUGAUCCUGCAAUUGUUGCAUUUACAUUAUGUUUAUGUAUCACUGUUAUUUUCUACAAGAAUUAUUGCUGUUCUUUCAUAACUUAUGUGACUGUUAGUUACAAGCUAACAGGGUCAGUGUACGGAUCUGGUAAUUGGAUUUUCCGUCCUGAAACGGGUGUUGAAAAACAAAAAACGAGUGGUUAUUUGAUUUUCAUUUCAAAAUACAAAAAAUGAAAUGAAUGAUUAAACAUGGACAUUCAAUAAGAAAUGUUUUUUAAAUGCUUUGAUUUUCAUUUUAUAUUUACAAUAGCAAAAAAUAAAAUCA